CUGGUGCUUGGUGCCUGGCGUCCAGGGUCAUUUCCUUUCAUAACGACCACUGCCAUCCUUGCAUUAGCAUUUUCACUGCUGUGGGGGCAACACUCGAGUGCGCGAGUGUGUGUGUGUGCUUGGUCGCUUGUUCGCUUCGGGCCUUAUUAUGCAGGGACUUGGGAAGACAGAGAGAGGGGAGCAGGGCCGAGACAUCGACCUGACGUCGCUGAGAUCCACCAUGCCAGCCAGCGGCCCUCUGCAGGGAGGUUCAGCCUCAAAUCUGAACAUGAACCUUUACGCCACAAAGAAGACAGCAGCAGAGGGCAUGUUGGACAUCGCUCUGUUCCUGGCUAACAUCACACACAUGAAGACUGUCAUCGAACAGGGAGCUGGAUACAGGUACUAUGCUGCUGUCCUGACACUCAUCUCCUUCUCCCUGGCUCUGCAGAUAGUGGCUGGAGUCCUGAUCAUCAUCAUUGGCCGUCGAGACCUGAAUAACUCCACCCUGCAGAAACGUCUGGAUUACCUGAACAACGUAACGACCAUCAUAGUCUUCGUCACCACAGUCCUCAACUUCUUCAUCAGCACCUUCGGCAUGCAGCGCACUGGACACUUUCCAUGGCUUAUGAUGCGCAUUCACUGACAUGCACACACUUCUGCUUAUUAUUGCACAUUUAGACUGCACUACCACACAGACACUCUCACCAUAGCUCACAAAAUGCACGCAUCAGCCAAAACAUUAAAACCACUGGCUGGUGAAGUGGAUAAUAUUGGUCAUUUUGUUUCAGUGCACUUUUCUGCUGGGAAACCUUGAGUCUGGGCACUCAUGUAAAUGCCACCUGACAUGCUCCACCCAUCCAAACAUCAUUGCAGACCAGGUACCCACCCACAUGGCAAUGGCGCUCCCUGAUGGCAGGUAGUCCUCCAGCCAGGACAGUGCACCAUGCCACACUGCAAAAACUGUCCAGGAAUGGCUGGAGGAACGUGACAAAGAGCUCAAGGCAUCAAGCUGGCCUCAAAAUUCCAAAAUCCCAAUCUGAUCGGGCAUCCAAGGGACGUGCUGGUACCCCACGUCAUAACCCACAGGACUCAAAGGAUCCACCACAGGACACCCCAGAGGUCCUGUGUCCAUGCCUCAAGAGGUGAGGACCAAGUCCGAAUCAAGGAGGCCCAACCAUGGAUUGGGUGUGCCACUGAGGUACCUGCACGUCCAGUAGAUGCUUGAUCACACUGGGAUCUAGGGAAUUUGGGGGCCAGGUCAACACCUUGAGUUCUUUGUCACAUUCGUCAGGCCAUUCCUGAGCAGUUCUUGGGGUGGGUGUCCUGCUGUGGGGUGGGAGGAGCAUGUCAGGUGGCAUCCACAUGAGUGCCAGGACCCAAGGUUUCCCAACAAAGCAUUGCGUUCUAAUGAAAUGAUCAAUAUUCAUCACUUCACCAGCCAAUGGUUUUAAUGUUUUGGCUGAUCAGUACAGUGGACCUUUUGCCUUCAUUCUUGACCUUAACAUUUCAUGUCUAUCUAACUGUUGCACCAGACUUAUAUGUUAAUACUAGCUUAUUUCAUAGUAACAUAACCUCAAAGUUUAAAAAUGAUAAUGAAAAAAGGGGUAACACAGUUGCUUUUGAAAUCUAUAUGCACAAUACAUACAUGGUAAAUGUAAUGUGAAUGGGAUAACCUUUCUACUAUACUGUACACCCUCCUUUUCCACACUCUCAUGUGGUAAUGCUGUCCAACAUCAGCGUCAUCUAACAGGUGCUCACUUCAGCCAACAAUAUCAACAAAUAAAACACAAGUUAAAAAAGAGCAUGAAUCAUUAUUACAGUGUUGUUCUGAAUAUUUGGUACGUUGCUGAGUCGGAGAAAGUUUCUUUUUGCUGCUUCAUCACAGUACGGUGAGAGUCCAAGACCAACUUGCUUGUCUCCUGUCUUCUUUUAGAUUAGUUUUAAUAGUGUGCUGAUGACUCCAUGUGUGACAACUUCACAGAAAAU